UUUUGUCGUGUAGUGGAUCGUAGUGGGUAGGUGAAUCAAGUGUGGUGAAUUUAAUGUAAUUAAAUUACGAUUAAUCGAAAUAAUGGGAGCGGUACGAAUAAUUAACGAUGAUCGUCAUUUCAACGGCGAGUUGGCAAAUGCCGGCCAAAAACUCGUUGUCGUUGAUUUCACAGCGAGUUGGUGCGGGCCUUGUCAGAGAAUUGCCCCGAUAUUCGAGCAACUGUCCCUUAAAUAUCCCAAGGCGGUGUUCUUGAAGGUGGACGUGGACAAAUGCGCGGAUACUGCUUCAAUGCAGGAUGUCAGCGCGAUGCCCACCUUUAUCUUCUACCGCAGGCGUACGAGAUUGGGCCACUGCCAAGGCGCGGAUCCAGUGGGAUUGGAAUCCAAGAUCCAGCAGUUCUAUGGUAGUGGUGAUGCUGACGACGCAGACGACUCAGUCGCAGAUUCUGUACCCGGCCAUAUGGACCUGUCCAGUUUUGUAAUGAAACAGCAAUGCGAGUGUUUAAACGAAUCGGACUAUCACACUUUCUCUCAGUGUUUGAACUCGGACAGUGGGUAUCUUCAGAGCGAUGAGGACGAGCAGUUGAUAAUGUCCAUCGCGUUCUCGCAGCCUGUUAAAGUUCAUUCACUUAAAAUCAAAGCACCCACGGAAAAUGGGCCAAAAAAUAUUAAAUUAUUUAUCAACCAGCCUAGAACGAUUGAUUUUGAAAUGGCAAGCUCCAAUACGAGCAUUCAAGAUCUAACAUUGUCAGCUAAGGAUCUCGAAGAGGGAAAUCCGAUACCGCUGCGCUAUGUUAAAUUCCAAAACGUGCAAAAUCUUCAAAUCUUUGUGAUAGACAAUCAGAAUGGCUCAGAAAUAACGAGAAUCGAUCAUCUUGUUAUAAUCGGUUCACCAAUCUCAACUACAAACAUGGGAGAGUUCAAGAGAGUAUCUGGCAAGGAGGGUGAAAGCCAUUGACUUUUCUGUAACAAUAUAUCGGGAUAUUAUGUUAGGAAUUUCGAUUUGCUUAUUAACAUUCCCCAUUGUUUUUUUUUUGCAUAGAAGGAAAAAGGAAAAAAAA